GCCCCAACACACAGCUGUGAGAGCAGAGAGCGAGAGAAAUCAGCACGGGGGAAAGAUCGCAAUGAGCGGAGAGAGGCAGUGUAGAGGGAGCCCAGCGGCGUGAGCAACAGAGCUGAGCUGGAUCUAAACACAAGAGGAUUUAAUAGAGAGAGAGAGAGAGAGAGAGAGAGAGAGAGAGAGAGAGAGAGAGAGAGAGAGAGAGAGAGAAGCCAGCGAAAGAAGAUCCUUGCAUUUCGGCUUCCAAAGGACAAUCUCUGCGGUUCAGGACAGAGUAAGUGAAACAGAAGAAUUGAACCAGAGCGGGAGCAUCUGAAAGACAAGGAGUGUGUGUGUGUGUCUGUGUGUGUGUGCGCACACGUGUGUAAUGGCCGUGGAGGUUCUUUGGACGACCACGCGCGUCUGUGCCUUCCCAAAGAGUGAGGAGGGCUAGGGACCCCAGCAGCUCUCGAAAUCUCAAAAACUACAUACACGAACAAGAAUGAGCGGAGAUGUUCUCUAGCUAACCUCUCCUAGCACACGAGUCUCCUUGCAUGCGAUUGUGUGCGCGCGCGCGUUAGAGAGUGAGCGGAGCAGCAGGCGUGGGGAGCACAUGGCCGUGGGCAGACUGGUGGUUCUGGCGGCCGGCGCCGCGCUGCUCUCCCUGCUGCUCAACGCCACGGCGGCGCUCAGCUCCGGCUGGGUCCUGCAGGUACUGGAGGACGGACGCAAACGCAGCGUGGGCCUCUGGACCGUGUGCGAAAGCGCCGACGCCGACGCGCACGCACGCCCACGUGCGCGCGUGCCCUGCCAGACGCUCGGCUGGGGAGCAGACCUCGCCGGGUAUCAGGAGUCACGCAGCACCGUCAAACUUCAGUUUGACAUGAUGCGGGCAUGCAACCUGAUGGCAACAGUGGCUCUGACAGUGGGUCAGCUGAUCUUCCUGUUGGGGGUUCUGAAGAUAAACCGAAUUACCCAUGAUUCUCAGUGGUGGGAGGAGGCCAUUGCCGCCCUGUUUCAGCUGGCCAGUUUCGUGCUGGUGAUUGGGCUGGUGGCCUUCUACAGGAUCGGCCCAUACACACACCUCUCCUACUCCUGCUACAUCAACAUCACUGCCUGUCUGCUUGCCACGCUUGCCGCUGCCAUGCUCAUAUGGAACAUUCUACAUCGCCGUGACGACUGCCUGUCUCCGCCGGUCAUCGUCAUCAGCCGAUCUCUGGCGAUGCCUUUCAGACCACGCCUGGACAACGACUACGUGGAGUCCCCAUGCUGACACACGCACUCACACAAACACACACACACACACGCACGCACGCGCCCACAAAUGCACAGAAAUUCACACACGC